CUUGGCAACAGAUCCACACAAGUGUCGCGAUGGCCAACAAGAAGCUGAAGACCUCGGCUGCGGCCGCCGUUCCUGCCGCUGUUGCCUCCAAAGUAGACUCGGAAGAGGAUGUCGUCGCUGCUGCUGUAGCACCCAUCGCCUCCACGGCGACCACCAACACAGAUUCUCGCAACGCGUUCCUCAAAGUGUUCUGGGACUUGGCCGAAUUGAACCCCGCGACCCGCGUCGCCGCCGUCGAGUCCAUCGUUCAACACUUGAACCAAGCCAACGACGCCGAGGAGCUGGCGUACACACUAAAGCGCUUGAUCCGCGGCCUUGCGUCGUCGCGGGAUGCCGCGCGCCAAGGCUUUAGCACGGCGCUCACGGCCCUUCUGCAUCAUUUCCCGGCCGCGGUGCCAGUCGAGUCGGUCCUGGACCUUCUCAAGUCGACCAUGGACGUGUCCGCGUCCAUGAAGGGCAUGGAGCAGCGCGAUCACAUGUUUGGUCGUCUCUUUGGCUUGCUCGCCAUCCACUCGUCGGGUCGAUUGAGCGGCGCCGACGACUUGGUCAUUGCGUCCUUGCUGGACGAAGUAAUCACCUUAUCCAAGUGGAAAAAAUGGUUUCGAGAAGCUUGUUACGAAGGGUUGUUGGCAAUCGUCGAGUCGUUGCCUGCUGCCACGUUUGAGUCGGUGGCGCUGCCCAAGCUCACGGCGCUCCUCUCAACCAGCUCGGUAGCCCAAUUUAACGCCGACCAAGUGUCGCUGGCCAUUGGACUGCAUACGUACGUCCAUGCCCACAAUCUCGGCGCCGCCGCCGCCUUGGACGCGAUCGCGACCAUCGUUAGCCGCCAUCACUUUCACCACCUCGUGGACCCGCUCAAGUCGUCCACGUCCAUCUACCCGCGGCUACACUCGUCGUGGCGCCGCCUCGUCGAGCAUUUCACGUCCACUGCCAAGCUCGACGAAGAACGUUUCCAGGAAAUGUGGUCGGUGCUGGUCGAAGGCAUGCUGGUGGCGCCAGGAUCGUCCCACGAACGCCGCGGCACCGCGCUCAAGUUGUUUGAGGCGCUCGUGCCGACGCUGCCGCCGCCCACGCUUCGGUCUAUCCUCACGCCGCACUUUAUCAAGGUCAUCCACAACAACGCCGUGUCCAAGAAGACAUACCUCCACGAAGCCGCGCUCGGCGCCCUGCAUACGUUUGUGUCGGCGCAACCCCUCGAGUUUUUCCGGUUUCUGCAGCACCAGUUUUUGCAUCCGUUGACGUGUUUGGUGUCGCACUUGCCAGAUGACGACGAUGACAAUGGUGACAAUAUUGGCGACGACAAGAACAAGAAAGUUGGGUUUGAAGCGUUGCUGGCGCUGGAAGAAGACAAGGAACGGGCGGACUUUCAAGCCAAGCGCAUUGCCAGCGCCCGCAUGUGGGCCCUGGACACCAUGUACACGGCCACGCUCAAACUCCCGGCCGCGUCGACCUCAGACGACGUGUGGAAGGAAUCGCUGGGGUUCUUUGUCACCCACGCCUUCUUUGAACCAUCCUCCGAUGUGAAGCCAAGCAAGAAGAAGAAGAAGGCCGGGUCUAGCACUUUGGACCAAGUACCCACACCCGCACUCAGCGCAUCCGUCGUCGCCGCUCUCUCCAAGCGCGUGUAUGCCCUCGUCGGCCUCGGCAACCAAGUACUCAAGGACCCAUCGGUCGCAUUGGACACGAGCGUGCCGUUCCGUCUGUGGCAGACGUGGGGCGACUUGACCAACGAUGGCCAGCUGGUGCUCAAGGCGCCGCUGUCGACGGCUCACGCGGCGCAGCGGACGGCGGUGGGUAAACAGCUCAAGUCGCUCGUGGCGCAGGUGGCUUCCGCCGCCGAGGACAAGAAGGCCGCGCUCCGGCUAAAGGGGUUCACGCUCCUCAAUGUAUGUGUGGGAUUGCAGCUGCUGGACCCGGCGCAGCGAGACGAUGCGUCGUCCGUGCUCGCCGACCUCGCGCGAUGUUUGGCCGAGCUGAACGCGCCCGCGCCGUCCAAGAAGAAGGCCAAGAAGGCGGCCAAAGAAGCCGAGACUGAACAAGAGCAGCAGCAACCGCUGGCCGUGCUCACCGACAUGCUGUUGAGCAUGCUCGCGCAAGGCUCGAGUGUCAUGCGUGAUAUUGUCACCCAUGUGUUCCGAUCCAUCAUGGAGCAGCUGGAUGCCGCGAGUGUGCAAAGCAUGGUUGACGUGGUCGUGAGUUCUGCCGACGAAGAGACAUCCAUGUUGGACAUGGACGAAGUGGACGACGACGAUGACGACGGCGCGCCCAUCGAUCCAUCCAAGUUGACUACUACUACUAGUACUACUACUAGUGUCGACGACGACGAGGAUGUCGACCAUGUCAUGGAAGACGACGACGAAAACGAAACGAUCCACUUGGCCGAUUUGCAACGCGAAGACGCGGCACUUUCCGCCAUGGUAAGCCAAGUGUCCGAGAAGAAGAAGGCCAAACAGCACGCCAAGCGCCUCCGCAUCGCAGCGCUGCACUUCAAAGUCCGCGUGUUGGAUCUGCUCCAUGUGUACGCCGGCAGCCCUGGCGCCGCGCACGUAAUCAACACGAUCGAGCCGCUGUUCAAGGCCUGGACCACCCUCAAGCCUCAUCGCGACACGCUCGUGUGGAGCGAUCGGGUAGGCGCGGUACUGCAAAAGAUCGCGCGCCGCACCAAGGAGGCGGCGGCGUCCUUUGAGACGGACGCGGUCGUCGGGGCAUUGGCCGCCGUGCUCGCGGUGGCCAGCGGCACCGUCGUGGACAAAAAGCAGGCGGCGGUCGCUGCCUCAUUGGUCACGUACCUCGUCCGCACGGGUCUCCAGAACUCGUCGGGCGAUGCGGUGGCCGCGGCGCUGGUUCCGUCCAUUUCGACGCUGCUGACCAAGAAACAUGCCAAGCUGCCCCGCGUCGUGCUCGACCACCUCGUCACGAACGCGCCGGCGCUGGCGGGUGCGCUGCUGUUUGAUACGUUGGCGGCAUUGGCCAUUGACGACGCGGCGGCGGCCGACGAUUUCGCGCGCGCUGAAGUGGUGCGCCACCUCACGGCGCUGUUCAAGACCAAGGGCGCGGUGCCCGUCAGUGGGUUGGCGGCGACGGGACCGGCGCUCCAUGCGGCGUUGGUGGACGCCCUCGGAAAGGUCAAGGGCAAACGCUUGAAGGGCGUGGCCAACUGCGCGCAAGCGUUGCUCAAGGCCCGCGUGGACGCCAAGGACGAGUCGAUUGAUGCGAUCGCGCUGGCGAAAGAGUUGAAGGCGCUGCUGGUCGUGCAAGGUGGUGGUGGCGAAGUAGACAAGAAGGAAGGAGGAGGUGCCGUGAGCCCCGUGCUCAAGGGCAUGGUGGCCCAGAUGCUCCAAGUGUUGGCUGGCCCCAACUCGUCAAAGAACGGAGACAAGAAGAAGAGCAAGGCAGAGAAGAAGCGAAAGCGAACAGAGGCGGCGGAAGCCCCAACGAGUCAGGAAUAAAACUAUAGAUUAUAAUGUGUCGAAUACAACCACCACCAUUCCAUGUACAUAACGUCAUCGAUGCGAAAGGACAAGGAGGAGUGUGAAAUC